GAAAUCGAAAAAAAAUAUGAACUAGAAAAAGAACAGAUUGAAAGAAUAUACGAACUAGAAAAAGAGCAGGUCGAGAGAAAAUAUGAACUAGAAAAAGAAAAAGUUAAAAGAAAAUACAACAGAUUGAAAAACGAGAGAAUUGAAAGAAAAUAUGAACUAGAAAAAGAACGGGUUGAAAAAAAUUAUGAACUAGAAAAAGAACAGGCUGAAAGUACAUACGAACUAGAAAAAUUACAGGUUGAAAGAAAAUACGAACUGAUUGAAAAAAAAUUCGGCAGAUUAAAAAUCGAAAGAAUCAAAAAAAUGUACGAAUUAGAAAAAGAACAAGUAGGUUAA